CGAAUCUUGUUAGAUUCUCAUAAAUUCCAACCUUUUUCUACCCUUUUCCAUAAAUUCUUCCCCAUCUCACAUCUGAGAAACUUCGUUCAUCAAUGGAAGAAUCAUCCAAUGUUGUUGAAGCCAAGGAUGGAACAAUAUCAGUUGCCUCUGCAUUUGCAGGCCACCAAGAAGCUGUACAGAAUAGAGAUCAUAAAUUUUUAACAAGAGCAGUUGAAGAAGCUUAUAAAGGUGUAGAAUGUGGGCAUGGAGGUCCAUUUGGUGCUGUUGUUGUUUGCAAUGACGAAGUUCUUGUUAGUUGCCAUAAUAUGGUGUUGAACAAUACUGACCCUACUGCUCAUGCAGAGGUGACAGCUAUAAGAGAGGCAUGUAAAAAGCUGAACCGUAUUGAACUGUCAGACUGUGAAAUAUAUGCAUCUUGUGAGCCAUGCCCAAUGUGCUUUGGUGCUAUACAUCUUUCACGACUUAAGAGGCUUGUUUAUGGAGCCAAAGCUGAGGCUGCCAUUGCCAUUGGAUUUGAUGAUUUUAUUGCAGAUGCUUUAAGAGGUACCGGCGUCUAUCAAAAGGCUAACUUGGAAAUAAAGCAAGCUGAUGGCAAUGGGGCCAUUAUUGCAGAGCAAGUGUUCGAGAAAACGAAAACAAAGUUUACUCUUUAUUGAGCAGAAGAAAGGAGAGCCCCAUGCUACAUUUUCCAGACUUACACAAUUACUAUUAUAUUUUGCAUUUCUUCAGGACAAUAAAAUCCAAUGCCCAUUUAAAUUGAGUGUGUAUACAUUCCUUGAAAGUACACAAUACCAUAAAUGUGUGGUUUUAUGUUCAUUUAACAAUUUAACGACAAGUGCUCCCAGACACUAUUGAUGUUUCUAAUUUGGCUUCCAAAUCAUGCAAGCUUUUAAGGAACUGAUUCACAUCCACUUGCAUUUUGAAGUAUUCCCACAAGCUUUAUAAUAUGCUAUGCAUUCAAGAUUGAUAACUUCAAAAACUGUAUAAAGCGAAGAUAUAAAGAGAUAAGCUGUGUUAUAAUAUAAUGAAUGCAAGUACAUUAG